GCGUUCUGAAAACGUGUCCGUUAAGUUCGAAGCAGACGACUGUAAACCCACCUUACCUUAAAGGUGUUUGUUUUUGUUAUUGCUUUAAUUUUUUUUGUUUUGUUUUAUUGUACCUUCAGUUAAUUUAAUGACGCGCGAAACAAACACACCGAGUAUGUCAAAUCGAAAAUAUAUCCAUUAGAAUUGCUUUCUAAAAAGAAACUGCCCUUUAAAGUAAACAAAUCGUCAACAAAAACCACCACAAAAUCUAACGACACCACCGACAGUGAACCAAAACCUUUAGAAGAGAAGCGGCCAGCGAAAACGAGUGCCACAUUACAGGAACCGCCCAAAUUUACAAUUUAAUAAACAAAGGCCUUACACGGCAUUAAUAUGGAUCUGAAGCAUAGCAGCAGUGGUGCUGUGGAGAGCACCGAUUCCUAUAUAGCCACCAGCAAGUCAACAGAUUUAAUUACGCCCAAGGAGAAGGGAGAGGGUGCCAGCAAAUCUUCUACCACCGCACACGCACCGCCUGAAGGAUACAAAGUCUAUGGACGGCGCUGGGCUGUGCUUAUUCUCUUUGUAUUCUAUUCAGCCUCAAAUGCUAUGCAAUGGAUACAAUACACUAUUAUUAACAACAUAAUAACACGCUACUAUGGAAUCAAUGAUACAUGGGUUGAUUGGACUUCUAUGAUUUAUAUGAUUUUAUAUAUACCGCUGAUAUUUCCUGGCAGUUGGUUUUUGGACAAAGUGGGUUUGCGCAUCACUGCUCUGGUUGGCAUUGUGGGCACUUGUAUUGGUGCUUGGAUUAAAGUUUUCUCUGUCGAUCCAUCGCUAUUUUAUGUGGGCUUUAUUGGACAGGCGAUAGUUGCUUUGGCACAGGUGUGCAUUCUAUCAUUGCCCGCACGCCUAGCUGCGGUUUGGUUUGGACCUGACCAGGUAUCUUCUGCCACCAGCGUUGGUGUUUUCGGUAAUCAGCUUGGUGUAGCCAUUGGCUUUGUCCUGCCUCCUAUACUGGUGCCCAACUCCGAGGACUUGGAAACUGUGGGCAAUGAUUUGAGGUUGAUGUUUUAUAUGGUUGCUGGUUUGACUAGCGUUUUGCUCGUGCUAAUGGCGCUCUUCUUCCAAGACAAGCCACCCACACCACCCUCCGCCGCCCAGGAGGCUGCUCAGCGCAUAGAGGGGGGACAUGCAGAGCAAGUUAGUUUUUUCCAAUCGCUGAAAAACCUGAUGACCAACAGCAACUUCAUUUUUCUCCUACUAUCCUACGGCAUAAAUGUGGGUGUAUUCUAUGCCAUAUCGACGCUGCUGAAUCCGGUAGUUCUGAAAUACUAUCCCGGCCAUGAAGUCGAUACUGGACGUAUUGGCUUGUCUAUCGUACUCGCGGGAAUGUUGGGCUCCGUUGUUUCGGGCAUUGUGCUGGAUAAGACCCAUAAAUUCAAGGAAACCACUCUGGCGGUUUAUGCUCUCUCUAUGGUGGGAAUGUGGAUUUUUACAUUCACCCUCGAUACUGGCUACAUUGCUGUGGUUUAUGUGACAGCUUCAUUGCUGGGCUUCUUCAUGACUGGCUACCUGCCGGUUGGCUUUGAAUUUGGCGCGGAGCUUACUUUCCCUGAGCCAGAGGGCACCUCAUCGGGUCUAUUGAAUGCCUCGGCACAAACCUUUGGCAUUGUGUUCACCCUCAUCUAUUCGAAACUAUUUUACUCGUAUGGCGAUAUACAGGCCAACAUUGUAAUGGCCGUGAUGCUAAUUGUUGGAACUGUGAUUACUGCCAUCACAAAGUCGGACUUGCGCCGCCAGAACGCACAGGUGCAGGGGGGAAAUGCGGCGUUGGAGUCGGGAAAUCCGUAA